GUAUCGACGGGAGGAGAAUCGAGACGAAGAAGAAGAAUACCGAGGGGGGGAUCGAUUGGUGGAUUGAUUGGGUGAUUGGAGCGGAGGAAGUUCGGAGAUCAUGUCGACCCCAUCGAGAAAAAGACUGAUGCGUGACUUCAAGCGCCUGCAACAGGAUCCCCCGGCGGGGAUCAGUGGAGCGCCUCAAGACAACAAUAUUAUGCUCUGGAAUGCUGUUAUAUUUGGGCCCGAUGACACUCCUUGGGAUGGAGGUACUUUCAAGUUGACUCUACAGUUUACUGAGGAUUACCCAAACAAACCUCCAACAGUCCGAUUUGUUUCAAAGAUGUUCCAUCCGAAUAUCUAUGCUGACGGCAGUAUCUGCCUGGAUAUUCUACAAAACCAGUGGAGUCCUAUCUACGACGUUGCUGCUAUCCUAACUUCCAUUCAGUCACUGCUGUGUGAUCCAAACCCGAACUCGCCAGCAAAUUCAGAGGCCGCUCGUAUGUAUAGCGAAAACCGUCGAGAAUACAACCGAAGAGUUCGAGAGAUCGUGGAGCAGAGUUGGACAGCUGAGUGACCUUGCUGUUGUAGGACUUAUUACCUGCAUCGGUUCUGUCUCUCUGAGGGUUGAGAAAGUAAAAUUUUAUUGAGGGUUCGAAGGUCCAGUGUGAAGAGCUGCACUUGAAACCUGCGAGACUUGUGGACUGGAUUUGGCAUGCUUGAGUGGGUACGAGUCUAUAACGGUCUGUAUACUUCUUACUCCACAUGCAUCCUUCUGGAUUCAGCCCCUCGGUUGCGGCUCGCAAGGAAUCCUUGCUGCUGUAAUCAGCAGUAACUUGCAGAUAGUUCGUUUGAACUCAAAUAGGCCAAAUAUAGGAGUAGUAUCCCUUGGCCCCUGUAACAUUCUGUAGAAUCUUUAUAUUUCACAUCAGCCAUGUCAAUCAUCCUCUCAAAAAUUCUUCCAUAUUGACAUUCGUCAUGUGAAAGUUAUUUUGGGCUCUGAGUUAAUCUCUGCCGUCCAGUUAGCAGUGUGAAAAAACCACAGUAGCAGCUGCAGAAUAUCUUCUAUUCGAACUUGUUACUGUGUAGGUCAGUACAGACAAAUUGAUGAUAAGUAUUUUUGUACAAGGCCGAUGACACUCUCAAGUGUUGUGUGUAUAAUCGAGUUUCUCCUUUCGUAUCACCCAUUU